CGUUGUUGUGACUAUGCCGUAUCCCGUUAAAAUGACUGCAUUGCAUCCAACUCAAUAUUUCCGAAAGAGGGAGGAGUGGCGUGUGACAGAUGUGCUGAUGAAUCCGAUGAUUAUAAUGCUAAUAGCUGCUUUUCUUCUGAUGGUGAUUACACCAAAAUUGGCUGCUCAAGACCCACAAAUGCAAAAGGUUUCUCUUCUUAAAUCUUUUUUACAUUUACCUUUAAAGGAUAUGCAAAAUUUGCAAUUACCAAAAAUGGAUAUGCCCGAUAUGGCGGAUAUGUUGGCCAACAUGUUUGGAUCAGCUAGCGGCAAAAAAGGAAAUACACGAAAGGCGAUUGCUUCACAAAGUACAAAAAGGACGACUCGAUAG